AACUGCACGUAUUAUAUAGUUUUUUUAUUUUUUUAUACAAAACCCUGAGAAAAUAUUUUUGCAAACACAGUUUCUUUUUAUUAGUUUCCCCAGUUCCGUCGCCGGUGGUGCUCUGGUUCCUUUGCCUUUCGUUCUAUUGGGGAUCCAUAUCGAUAUUUUAAAGGGGCUACUUUCUGUCAAGGAAACCGUGAAGAAAGGAAAAGAAUCUGCCUUAAACUGCGCCGUAGUUUCUUUGGGCCUCCAGAGGAAGCAGAAUGGUACGUCUGCAGCCUGAUCCAUUCCUCAAUGAACUUACCAACAUGUUUGAGAGGACUACAGAAAAGGGGUCUGUGUGGGUUACAUUGAAGCAUUCUUCUGACAAAUCCAAGGUCAAAAGAAAUAAGAUGAAGACAGCAGGGGAGAAGAUUGAGUAUAAGUGCCUGAUUCGUGCAACCGAUGGCAAAAAGAAUAUUUCAACUAUGGUUGGUCCGAAGGAACAUCAACGCUUUCAGUCUAGUUAUGCGACAAUUUUGAAAGCACGGAUGACUGCCUUGAAGAAGCGCGAAAGAAAGGAUAAGAAGAAGGCUGCAGAUUCUGAUAAAAAACAAGACUCGAAGAAGAAAUCUUCUGUGGCUAAAACAUCAAACUGAAGUAUUCUCUUGGGGGUUAGUGUUUUUCCUAUUUAUGGUCUUUGACAGUAUGUGUUCUCUGAUCUAUAAUUUUCCAUUGAGACUGCAUUGACAAAUCCUUCAAGUUUUUUUAUGCUUGCGGAUCUAACAUACAAAAGAACGUGUUGCAGUUU